AAGACUUGGGCGUCGGUCAGCGGGACAGCCCUCGGGCGGCCUCCUGGUGAACGGCGGAAAGCAAGGCAGCACCCUGCAUGCCAUAUUCAGACUCGAGGAGGGCCAGGUGUUGACGGCGGAAAUGGCGUCACCGGAAGAGCCCGCGGCGGCCAGCUUCCGGACGUCGCCCAGCGGUGACCGCCUGCCCAACGGCCUCACGUACCAGGCGUCGCAGUCGGGACUCCGGGUCACCGUGCACGAGAACCCGCUCAGCACCGUGCUCGAGUAUCGGAGGACCCCGUCUCCUGUGCCGCAGUACCAGGACAACCGCGCGGAUGCGGUGGUCAGUCUGCCUAUCCUGUCCGGUCGGGAGCUGGCGGCGCUGUCCAGCAAGAAGCCAUCCCGCGACGAGUCGUGCCACAGCCCCGGCGGACACCGGGUGAGCCAAGUCAAGCUCUCUUCGUCCAGAACGAGACAGAGGGCGCGGGACUUGUCCUUCCUCGGCUUCGUGACGCUCUUGGGAGCCGUCUGCUGCGUUCUGGGCUACCUGGCCUUCCUUCGACCGCAACGCACGACGCCAGUGGCCAUCACCGGUAGGUGGCCUCUUUAG